AUGCAUGGAGUAGAUCAGUUGACGCAAUUUUUUGACGACAUUAAAGACAGCAAGAUGAUGUUCUUCAGCCAACUGUUUCCAGGUUUAGAUCGUUGGCCGAUAAUAAAAAGUUUAGCCAGAGACAGAUUUAUGCAGACAAUUGAUGUUGUAAAAAAUAACAUCAGAGAAGACGUGAAACGUUGCUUAGAAAGCUACGGCGCAGAUCAAGAGCCAGAAUGUUUUGUGCACGCCUACUACCAGCGAAUGCAGAAUAACCCAAACUUAGACUACGACAAUCUUCUCAGUGUAUGCAUGGAUUUCUUUGUUGCUGGAAUGGAAACGACCACGACAACUUUGAGAUGGGGCUCGCUAUUUCUUGCUACCAACACUGAAGUGCAGGAUAAAAUUAGAGCCGAGAUCAUGAGUGUAUUGGGAGCCGAUGGAAAACCUAGCACAUCGCUGAGGAACAGAAUGCCGUACACUUGGUAG